AUCGACCGACGGUCUUACCUUUUCAAACAUCAAUGGAAAACCCUAAGAGCCCAAUGAAGACCAACGAUCCCGGAGAGCCGAAAAAGCCCAGGUCACGCUUCUGCACCCUGUUGCACCAUGAUGUUGUCGAUCCCAAAGAGUUCAUGGUGCACUUCGCCAAGCGCAGGAAGAAUGAAAUCAUAAUCGAGGGCCAGGUCUGCGGUUGGUGCUACAACAUAGAUUACUUAAACGACGAAAAUACAAAGUACAAGAAGAAGCGCCCCAAACUUCCGGAUGGGAGGGCCACCAAACGGAGAGCAACCUCACCACGAGGAGGAGCAAUUGCUGACAUCCCUCGUCAUUUCAAUUCGAGUGCUGCGUCAUCGCGUGGUGUUAAGAGCUCGCGAAAGAGAACUGCGUCCUCGGGUGACGAUAAACCCAAAUCAAAUGAUUUGGAGGAUAAACAUGGUGACCGUGCCUAAGGUCCGAUACUGAAGUGGCCAUAAUGCGAUUCCAAUAACAUGUAACAUGUUUUCAUUGAUUGUAUUCCAAUAAAUGAUCUUGAAAUCUCA